AUGGCUUAUUUUAAUACCACCGACCUCACUCCGGCCGAAUUGGAGAAUCUUGCAUUUUUGCGUGCACGUCGUUCUGGAAUCAACGAAGACGUUGAGGAAAUUCGGUCAGAGCUGGAUGGAAUUAACGCGCAGUUGGCAACAAUCGAUAUUCCUGAUGACGAAUAUAGCCCAAAUGGCAGGCAUAUGUCUAUAGCUCGAAAGAAUUUCAAUAUGGAUCCCAAAAAGGGUAUGGGAUAUAUGAUUCAGCAUAACCUUGUUCAUAAUUCACCUGUAUCGGUUGCGGAAUUCCUUUACAAAGGGGAGGGCUUACGAAAAAGUGCUGUUGGCGAUUACUUGGGCGAAAACAAUGCAUUUAACUUGGAAGUGUUGGAAAAGUUUUGCGAACUGCAUGACUUCACGGAUCUUAUCUUAGUGCAAGCACUUAGACAGUUUUUUUGGUCAUUUCGUUUACCAGGUGAAUCCCAAAAGAUUGAUCGCAUGGUUAAUGCUUUUGCGCGACGUUAUUGUGCGAACAAUCCGGGAGUUUUUUCUAGUGUUGAUACCUGCUACAUAUUGUGUUUUGCAAUUGUAAUGCUCAACACUGCACUACAUAAUCGUAAUGUUAAAACUCCAUUAACACUUGAUGUCAAAGAACCGCUAUUUAAUGGAUUAAAUGGAGAAUCCGGCAGUUGGUAUUUAGAGUUUGUUACAGGAUGCCUAGGCAUAACUAGUAUUUAUGAAUCUAUCCGUACUGAGCCCUUCCAAUUUCCGACAGAUGAUGGCGAAUUUUAUAACACAUUCUUCAAUCCUGAUCGGGAAGGAUGGUUGUUAAAACAAGCAUCUUCAUUGGCCACAACACGUCCGUUUUUAAAAUCAUGGAAGAGACGGUGGUUCAUUUUAGCUGAGAAAUGUUUAUAUUAUUUUGAACAUACGACGGCGAAAGAGCCACGAGGAAUCAUACCUCUAGAAAAUGUUCGUGUUCGUGCCGUUGAAGAAAAAGGCAAACCAUAUUGUUUCGAAAUUUAUAGCGACAGCAGUGAGGUAAUAAAAGCUUGUAAAACAGAACCAGAUGGAAGGAUGGUUGUAGGUCGUCAUACCUCUUAUAAAAUGUGUGCUUUUUCGCAAGAGGAGAUGAAUCAAUGGAUAAGUGCUAUUGAACGAUCAAUCAAUUAUGAUCCGUUUUAUCAAAUGUUGCAACUGAAAAAGAUGAAAUUGAAAAAUAAAACUUAG